CAAAAUUAAAGAUAUUGUUGCUUUUGUCUCAACCAUAGAGUCCGUUGGCUGCAUAUAUGAAUCUUCUGGAUUCGCUUUCUCGAAGAUCGAGCGUUUUUUCCAGCAGGUCAUCGUCAAUUAUAUCAACAGAAAUCCUAAGACACGUGACAGAGCAUUUUAAUUUCUACUAGGCUAUUUGAUGAGGUAAGCUUCAGCCACAGUUUGAUGUUGGCCCAGCCUUUGUAUAAUAGAACGUCUUCGAUCUUUAUGUGUGUGAAAUCUGUACGAUAGCUGUAGACCGAACCGAACGUAACAACAGAAUAGUCUCCCUACAUCUCUAUAUCUCUCUGACCGGGCAAAUCAAAUACUUUUUGUUAAAUCUUGAACUUGACUGUACAUGUAUUGUUGUAGCUGUAGGAUGUGAAUGAUAUACAAUCUCUACCUAGUAUGUGUAUUUUCUGUAUGGCCACCGUAUGUAUUUUGCCUCAUGACUACUCCGGUGGCAUUCCUACGCGAUUUCAUUCAGCAACGGCACGUCACGGUAGUGGCAAGGUGAAGCUUUAAUAACCGGUUUUCGUCGAAGCCAAUCUGUCCGCCAGGCACGUCUUGUUGUGCGACGAACAGUCCGUGCACUUGGGUUGUACUGCUUUCGAAGCUCCGAUUUUGGUGAACGAAUCGACCAUGCCAGUGGCGCGUUGCACUUUGUGGGAGAAGAUGGUGGCAUUGGCUUUAUUGCUGCUCCCGUCGCUGAUGCAACUUUAUUAUUGCGAUGCUCGCGAAUAUGCCACGGCAGGGAAGCCGCCAAUCCUGUAUUUGAACAUCCUCUCGGGGGAUGAUCUGCUUCCAAAGUCCAAGCGAGAAGCGCCGCAAGGCGAGAAAUGCGACGCGGACUCAUCCCAAGCUGGCUGCCGCGCGAGUACGACUUCUCUCGAACAGGCGAGUCGAGAUGCAGGUAUGGAAGUCGGUGCUUGUAGUGAUAUUGAUAGUGAAACAGGCUGCGUCAGUGAGUUUUAAGGAAAAGAAGACGGACAACGUCGACAAGAAGAAUUUAUUGAACUUGAACAAAAACUUCCGCAGGUAUCACAUCGCACCCUCCUGUGUCCACACGAAAUCCGGCAGGGAGCAGCAAUGAUGAAAUAUUGCCGCGUUUCCGAUCACGGACGAAGAGCCAUGGGUCGAGGCACGACGGAAAGGCGUCUACACUACGUGAAGUUCUGACGAAGAAACGUCGAAAGCAUAAGCAGCGGGCCUGCAUGAAAGGCGAACAAGCCAAUGCAGGCGAGAAUCGACUUCCUACCGCUAAUCCCACGGAUGCUGCAGUGCAACACCAAGAAGAAGGAGAACACAAACAUGCAGCUCCGCGUGCCUCAAGGCCGGAGUCGAAGCUGAAUUUGUUGGAUAGCAUCAGAAAUUCGGAGGACGGGUUGAUGUUUUCGGGCAGUAAUGUUCUUAACGACAGGAAAAGUGACGGAAUUCUAAGUUUUCUCUCUCCGAAGGACGUGGCUUCAAUGUUUAUGGUAAAUAAGUUGCAUUCGAAUACCGACGAAUUUGGUACAAAAGUAGCGUCUGCUGCUGCCGUCCAAGCUGAGCAAGACCGCUCCCUGGAAAGCCGAACCGAAAACUGCGAAGAUUUAUUUCUUGAGGUGGUGCGGGAGCGGAUUGGAAACAGAAAGCCGCGGGACUAUUGGAAUCCCCAGGUCGAUGGCCAUUCUGAUUUCUUGGCGAAGUUCCAGAAUCGUGUGGAACCGAGAAGAAGGAAACAGAUUGCCAGCGAGACCGACUGGAGCGUAAUUACCUGUUUGUUGCACAUGACCAAUCCAACGCUAUGUCCACUCGAUAGAAGCAGAAUUGGAGAUCUCGCCCAUAAUUUACCCUGUUUACUUCCUUUGAAAAAGUCACACGCUCCGAAUCUAAAAUUUGAAUAGGUACUGUUGUUGAUGUCGAUGGCGGCCGAGACCUGUAGUCCCCUCAGAUCCUACAGCACCAGCGAAAACGGGUCCGCGACCUUGCAGGAUAGGUACGCGUCGGAGAACCUUCAAAAGGGUUGCCAUGCGGGUGACAAGGAUUUUUUUCGCGAGGUUUUGGACUUUUUCCACGCGAAAGUUUCACGGUUGGAUCGUACGUCCGAGAGGGGAAGACAUGUUGUAAUUUGGAAUCCCCCGCAGGAGGCCAAUGGAUUCAAUGGAACUUUGGCUGCGCGGGCAAUCGCGAGUAAUCCCAAUCGGGACCUCUUGGAUAGCAGAUGUCGACUUGCAAUGGCAACGGAGCUCCUCUUUCAGAGACACGCGGUUGUCUACGACACACCCUUUUUCUUCGUGAAGCAUGGUAUAUAUUUGUUUGCUCGCUCACUAUCUUCAUCCCCCACCCUAAACAGCUAGGAAAAAUGCCUCACUGGUGAUUUAUCAUUCCAAGUGCAUUUUAUUUUGAUUACUCCUAGGAGCGAUUCCCUCAUCGCGCCGAACGACGUCUGCAAAUGCGACAUAGCUUCAUGCUGGUCGUUGCAGAAUGGUGAGUGUACGAUGAAAAUCUGCAUGACGCAAGAAUUCAAGAAUAAAUUCAAUAAUUUUGAUGGUCACUUCAGGUUACUGCCUCAAUUCGGAUCCGGACGCGAACGUAUCAGACGUCGAAGACGAGUAUUCCAGACAAGACCCCAUUGACGCAGCUUGGUAUACGUCUUUUCGGAGGCUGUUUCGCACUUAUGCGCGACAGUGGAGAACAGAAUCAGACGGCGUCAACCUGCGUUGGUCGUAUGAUCAAUUCCAAUGGGACUGGCGAAGCCAUCAUGCCGCACGGCUACAGAACACUUCCUAUUAUGACACCCGACGUAAGGACGAUCGCAGGCCGCCACGUAUUUUGGCCGCAAAUCCGGGCGAGUUUUCAGUUGUCAUUCCCACUCGCGUUAAUGUUGAGAUGUAGCUUCCAGUCCAUCGGAAAAAAACGCUGACAUUGCGGAAGAAAGUCCAAGUUCUGUAGAUGCCUGGGCAUAAUUUCUAACAGGUCGCAGUAGGAUACGUGUUGCCACGGCUCGCGCUGGCGCUCGCAGGGCUGGGCAUGAAGAAUUGCGAGCGCCGUGGCGAAAAUAUACACUGCUCGUAGAUGUUACGCUCCAACAAGAAUAGAAGUACUUAUUGUCGAGCCGUGUCUUGAAUGACGAAUAGAAGAAGUUGUCCCUGGCUCGCUUUGUGAA